AAGGGAGCUGCAGUUUGACGUUCAUUCCUCUUCCCUGUCCUGCCACAGCCAUAGAGACAGGAAGCACCAGUUCGGGGGAGGACCUGCUGGUGCCCAGCCCCCCCUCACCCCCGCCUCCGCCCCGCAUCUACAAGCCCUGCUUCGUGUGUCAGGACAAGUCGUCCGGCUAUCACUAUGGGGUCAGCGCCUGUGAGGGCUGCAAGGGUUUCUUUCGGAGGAGUAUCCAGAAGAACAUGGCGUACACGUGUCACAGAGACAAGGUCUGCGUUAUCAACAAGGUGACCAGGAACAGGUGUCAGUCCUGUCGGCUCCAGAAAUGCUUCGAUGUCGGCAUGUCGAAGGAAUCGGUGCGGAAUGACCGAACGAAGAAGAAGAAGGAAGAGAAGAGGUUUCUGGUUGCAGAGAGUUAUGUCCUGUCGGCAGAUGCAGAGGCGAUGAUUGAACGUGUACGCCGGGCCCACCAGGACACCUUCCCCUCACUGUGCCAACUGGGAAAAUACACAACGAACAACAGCUCAGAGCACCGUGUGGCUCUAGACGUCAGUCUGUGGGACAAGUUCAGUGAGUUGUCCACCAAGUGUAUCAUAAAGACCGUGGAGUUCGCCAAACAGCUACCCGGCUUCACGACGCUAAGCAUCGCUGAUCAGAUCACCCUGCUCAAAGCUGCCUGCCUCGACAUACUGAUCCUACGGAUUUGCACUCGCUACACCCCAGACCAGGACACCAUGACCUUCUCAGAUGGGCUGACUCUGAACCGAACCCAGAUGCACAACGCCGGGUUCGGCCCGCUCACUGACCUGGUGUUUUCCUUCGCAAACCAGCUGCUGCCGCUGCAGAUGGACGACGCAGAGACGGGCUUACUCAGUGCCAUCUGCCUGCUCUGCGGAGACCGUCAGGACCUGGAGGAGUCGGAGAAGGUGGAUGUUCUUCAGGAGCCACUGCUGGAAGCCUUGAAGAUCUAUGUGAGAAGACGACGGCCAGAUAAACCCAGCAUGUUCCCCAAGAUGCUGAUGAAGAUUACUGACCUCAGGAGUAUCAGUGUUAAGGGAGCGGAGCGAGUGAUCACGCUGAAAAUGGAGAUUCCAGGCUCCAUGCCUCCAUUGAUCCAGGAGAUGUUGGAGAACUCUGAAGGGCUGGAGGGACAGGGGGCCGGGGGAGAAAAGGGAGGAGGAGAGGGAAGGGGAGGGAAAGGCAGAGGAGAAGAAGGUGGGACUCAAUCUGAGAGCUGUCAUCUGAGUCCAUCUCCCUCCUCAGUAACCUCUCCUGUCACCAGCCCCAGUUCAGUACCCUGCUCACCUUCCUCCUCCCUCUCCACCUGAAGCCCUACACUUGCCACACACACGCAAACACACACACACACACACACACACACACACACACACACACACACACACACACACACACAUAUCCAGAACCCCAACUUCACAGCGCCACCCUGAGGGCAAUCCAUGGUACAGCAGUCAAAGAGGCCAGUUAGACACAUCGCCACAAACUGAUAAACUGAGUGUCGACAUGGCUGACAGAAUUUAACUGGACCAGAUUUUUUUUCAGGACAGGCUGGAUUCACUGACCGAAAACAGACAGGAAAAAAAACAGGACCAGAACUUCAACAGGCUGGUUGACUGACUGAUCUGGGUGAAGGAGUGGCUGCUAAAUUCUCUGAACUUUUCUCCAGGAGGAUUUCAAAGUAACAUCAGUGCUGUGGUCACAGAUGGGAACUGUUUAAUUAAGUAGCAACUAAAGGUUUGGCUUGAACUUUGUUUUACAGUCUGAGAGGAAAAGGCCCGUGCACUGAACCAGACCUCGACUCAAUAAGAGGAGGACUGACUGACCGAUUGCCUGACAGACUAACUUCUGAGAGUGAGGCAGAAUAUUCCAGAGAGGAGGACGGUCUCUUGCACAGCAUGAUAUAAUAAUGAUAAUAAUACUGAAAAUGGAGAUGGACAGUCAGUGUACUGGACUAGCGUGGGAUUGAACCUACAGUACGGCAACCUGAACUGGACUGAGGGAUUAUCAGCAGCUACCAGCCAAAUGCUUUGUAGUCUUUGACUGGGACUGGUAAGUCUGUGGACUUCACCAGCUGCUUAGGCACGUUACCAGCAGUUGUCUAACGAUUUUCUUUCUUUUCUUUAUUUUUUUUUUUGUAUCUUAUUUAAACAUCAAGUUUAAAGCUGAAAUCCGUGAUUUCUGCGACCUGUCCCGCCCUCUUGCAGUGGGAACUUCAAACAAGGUGUAGCAGCCAUUGUGGUUUGUAUGCCAUCAGCUCAGCAGUAAAAAAUGGCAUGCUCGGGUUAAAGCGAACACAAACUACAUCAAACUAUAUGGGAACACUGUUGUACUGUAAUAUUGAUUGUAAAGUUGGUAGAUUACCUGUCCAACAAAAGCAUCACCACAUCGUCAUCACAUUUCAAUCCUUUUUCCUGUUUGAGUAGGAACGUGUUUGCUGCUGCACCAGUGUGUUCAUCCUAUCAGGUCAGAUAUUUCAACAGCAGUUUAUGGAGAGUUUCUCCAACUACACAAAAGAUGCCAGUUAGCAUUGUCAAACCUGACUCCCAUGUGAAAAAUCCCAGAUUUCAGCUUCAAGCUGGUAAGACAAUGAAUGGUGGAGUGAGGUUUUGAACAAAUCGCUGUGACCAGUAGAGAAAACCGUUUCCUGCCCUGAAACACUUGACGUGCUGUAAAGCCACGUCUGGAGUUGGACCACAAAAGUCUACAUUUACUGCACCGUUAUUCCUGCCCGCUCACUGGACUGAACCCCGCUGGCCUCUCCUCCUACAGUUUGUUAAGGCUGAAGGUUCGACUGACCAGUCAGAUCUGGGCCUGCAGCCUGAGUCCAGCCUUAGCUAAAGGCAAGCCGUCUAAACCAGCCACCGAUGUAGAAACUCAGACAGGCUGAUUGUAGAGGAUCAGAGAAUGAUGGACAGGUGCAUCAUCAUGGCAGCAUUCCUCUCCAUCCUAAUGUUGUUGUGUUUUUUUUUCAUGAAAAUACAUGUACAGUAUAUGAGAUAAUGAAUUCUAUUGUAAAUAAUGAAAAUGCUGCAAAAGCAAUUUAAGGAAACUGAUGCAAGAGGAAGAUUAUUUUAUCAAAUAUGUAUCUGUGUGUAUUUGCCCCAGAUGUCCUCCUAGUGCCCCACCCACAGCCACCAGCAGCACCCCAAUUCCCCUCAUCCUACUCACGAUUUUCCCACACUAUGAAACAUCAGGGACAGGGAGAUGCUGUCAUUCCCUUCUUCUUUUAACUCGAUGGAAGUUGAACAAGGAGGUUGAUCUCUGUAUUCAAGACACAGUCCCUUUGCCAGAUGGGAGCGUUAAAGUCAGAGGCUGUUCCUGGAAACACCCUCAUCGCUCUAUUUGCAAACUUUGUAACAAGCACUUGUAGAAAAUGGAUGGGUUAGGCGUUGGGUUUUUACCUCAGUCUUUCAGAUAGUGCUUUUUAUUUUUUACUCCAAAAUGCCUCAAGAGUUGUGCAAGUGUAGACACAUUGAUGGGUCUCACGGGCAGUGACAGAGCAACGCUUUCCCCAUCGAGUCCCACGGCUGCAAGGGGCCACAGGUUAUAUAGUGAAAUGUCACGUCCUCGGUGACAAGGGCUGUCUCCGGAGUGUGUUGUGCAGGUGAUGUUUGAAUGUGGUUGUGUACUCGGCACCACUUACUGCCAAAAUCUGUUCCCACAGCACCACUGCCUCAAUACAGUAUCACUGUUUUCUAACUCCAGUUUUGGUCUUUCACUUGUUUUGAGUACACACUCAGGUGAGUUUGGUGAACCAGUCGAAUCUACUAAAAACCCAGCAUAUAGUAUUUGUUAAAAAAUUAGGUUUGUUUUUUUGUUGUUUUUUUUUGCCAGCGUCUGAUAAACGGGUUCUUCUGAGAUUUCUGGAUUUCACAGUGAAACGCUGUCUGCAUCUAGAAAUGUCCCUUGAAUUCAGAAGAGUUCGGAAUCACAAACAAGCUGCCCGAAAAGAUUUAAGAUAUCCUGAUUUGAAACUGUACAAGCAAUAUGCUCAGUCUAUCUAAAUGUCCUACCACAAAUUCACCACAGUACACUGUCUUUCUUUGAGAAUAUCCCAAACAGGUAUAUUCUGCUCAGGCAAGUCCUUUGUAAUGUCAAGGCUAAACAAAAUCCCUUGUCCAAAGCUGCGUCAAUUAGACAGCGAUUUGAACUGAAAGAUAAAUUUGACUACGCUUGGCGAAUGAUCAGAUCCCCGGUGUUCACAUACAAGGCUGCAUCGAACGUGCAGCCCUUUAGCUGCAAGUCCACAGCCCAGCACUCCGCACCAGCUCCACGCUCUGCCAUGUGCUGGAGCCUCUCUGUGCCAGGCCUGGUCUUCGCUUCAACUGGUCCCACGUCAGCCAACACAGCCGUAGGUGGAAAAACCAGGUCCAGAAAGUAAAAAUACCCACAGUGUAUUUGCUCCACCCAUGUACUCAACCCACUGAAGCUGAUCUUUGCUUCACUUCUAUUUUUUGGGGUGUUUUUGGGGGGGGUUCCCCCGGGCGGCAUGGUGGCGCAGUGGUUAGCGCGGUCGCCUCACAGCAAGAAGGUCCUGGGUUUGAGCCCCGGGGUAGUCCAACCUUGGUAGGUCAUCCGGGGUCGUCCUCUGUGUGGAGUUUGCAUGUUCUCCCUGUGUCCGCACGGGUUUCCUCUGGAGGUGGCUCCGGUUUCCUCCCACAGUCCAAAGACACGUAGGUCAGGUGAAUUGGCCGUACUAAACUGCCCCUAGAUAUGAAUGGGUGUGUGUUUGUGUGUGUCGGCCCUGUGAUGGCCUGGCGGCCUGUCCAGGGUGUCUCCCCACCUGCCGCCCAAUAUGACUGCUGGAAUAGGCUGCAGCAUCCCCGCAACCCCGAGAGCAGGAUAAGCGGUUCAGAUAAUGGAUGGAUGGAUUGGAAUUUUCCCCCUUUUUCUCCCCAGUUGUACUUCACCAAUUGCCCUAUUUUCCGAGCCAUCGUGGUCGCCGCUCCACCCCCUCUGCUGAUCUGGGUAGGGCUGCAGACUACCACGUGCCUCCUCUGAUACAUGUGGAAUUGCCAGCCACUUCUUUUCACCUGACAGUGAGGAGUUUUGCCAGGGGGAUGUAGCGUAUUCCCCCCAGUUCCCCCUUCCCCCCCCGAACAGGUGCCCCGACCGACCAGAGGAGACGCUAGUGCAGCGACCAGGACAUAUACCCACAUCCGGCUUCCCACCCGCAGACAUGGCCAAUUGUCCUAAGGGACGCCCGACCAAGCUGGAAGUAACACGGGGAUUCGAACCGGUGAUCCCCAUGUUCGUAGGCAACAGAAUAGACCACCACACUACUCGAACACCCCUUCACUUCACUUCUGAUCUUCAGCUAGGUAGGAGGAACUAGUUCGAGAUUUGGCUGAUUUACUACAUGGGUGGCGGAAAUACACAGUUGGGACCUUUACUCUCUGGACCUGGUUUUGCCACCUCUGAAUGGCAAAUUCAAUCCCUGUCGCCAACCUCAGACCUCAUCGAGAGCUAUUACCUCAUGUCACCCUCCUCUUAAAUAUUCCCUCUCUCCUUGCACUGCCAGCACAUCUAUACAAAGACGAUCCCCCCACCCCAUCUCCGUCCCCUCAUCCUUUUCUAUUUCUCCUCUUGCACUUGGCUUUGGAACGACUGUUUUCUAUGGAAAUCUUGUAAACGGCACGAGGGCCCUGAUUUUUGCACUGAUUAAUGGCGGCUUGUUAUUUUUUUAGAUGGAGAAAUUGCAGCUUAUAAUGCUUUUGCUCUCCCUGUAUGUCACUGGAUUAAAACAACAGCUACAUGUUAUGUAAGAAUGACAAUUAAUGAGGAAAGUCAAUUAUCUAAAAAAAAAGUUUUUAGGUACUUUCACGAGACCCAUGUUUGCCAACCAUCUUUAGAUUUCUGCAUUAAAUGUUCAAG